AUGCCAGGCCUUACAAAGGAUCAGCUCGCUGCCUUCAACCGCGACGGCUUCCUCGUCGUCCCGGGGGCUCUAUCCCCUUCUAUAUGCGAUGAACUACGCGCUAAAGCAGGCGAAUAUGUGACACAAUGCGACGUAAAUGAGCAUCGCUCCAUCUUCACGACCAAUGAGCAGACACGCCGCAUGAAUGACGAGUAUUUUCUGGAAUCAGGCGACAAGAUCCGCUAUUUCUUCGAGGAACACGCUUUCAAAGAAGACCAGAAGACACUGGCAGUGCCAUUGGAUGUAGCCAUCAACAAGAUCGGCCACAACCUGCAUAACCUCGACCCGGUCUUUGAGAAAGUCAGCUACUCGACUGAAGUCAAGGACAUCCUCAAGUCCCUACAGUAUGUGCGGCCGAUGGCGGUGCAAUCCAUGUACAUUUUUAAGCAGCCGGGUAUCGGAGGGGAAGUGAAGCCUCAUCAGGAUGGCAGCUACUUGUACACGGAGCCUCAGUCUGUGGUGGGAUUCUGGUGGGCGCUGGAGGACUGUACCCUCGAUAACGGAUGUCUGCAUGGCAUUCCGGGGUCGCACUUGACAGUGCCGGUUCGUCAGAGAUUGAGACGUACUACCAAAGAGCAGCAGGAAGGAAAUGAAGGCUUGUUGCUGGAGAAUGUGCCCGAGAAAGUGGUCCCUUUUGACAUUAGCGAGAGUCAGCCAUUGCUCACGAAGAAAGGAGAUCUCGUGUUGCUCCAUAGCUCCUUUGUGCACUACAGUGAGGCGAACACAUCGCCUCACUCGCGCCAUGCUUACUCGAUUCAUGUAGUGGAGAGCCACAAUGUGGACUAUCCGGCGGACAACUGGCUGCAAACAACAGGGAACGUGCCUUUCAAGCCAAUGUACGGGAGUUAA